AUGGCUCACCUGGCCAUUUUCGGAGCUCUUGCCAGCCUUGUGUUGGCUGCCCAUGCUGCAACGCUGGGUGUGGUGCACACAGAAGGGGGAUUUGUGGAAGGAACCAGUAAGAAAAUCGGGAUAAUUUCCCCCGAUUACAUUGACAUUUUCAAGGGAAUUCCAUUUGGUGCUCCUACAAAAGUUCUAGAAAAACCUGAAAAACACCCAGGCUGGUCCGGUACUCUGAAGACCAAAGAAUACAAACCACGCUGUAUGCAAGCUAACUUAAUGCAGAAUGGUGUACGUGGAGAAUUGGACUGUCUUUACCUGAAUAUUUGGGUUCCUCAGUCCCGCUCAGCAGUGUCAACAAAGUUACCCGUCAUGGUCUGGAUUUACGGUGGUGGAUUUCUACUUGGCGGCGGUCAGGGAGCCAAUUUCUUGGACAAUUAUCUGUAUGAUGGAGAAGAGCUGGCUCUCCGUGGCAACGUCAUUGUGGUGACCUUCAACUACCGAGUGGGACCGUUGGGAUUCCUCAGCACUGGAGACGCCAACGCCCCUGGGAACUAUGGCCUGUGGGAUCAGCACAUGGCCAUUGCGUGGGUGAAGAGGAACAUUGCUGCCUUUGGAGGGGACCCUGAAAACAUCACCAUCUUCGGCGAGUCAGCUGGAGCUGCCAGUGUCUCAUUGCAGACACUGACUCCUUACAAUGUUGGACUGAUCAAGCGAGCGAUCAGUCAGAGUGGAGUGGGGCUAUGCCCUUGGGCAAUCCAGCAGGAUCCCUUGCGCUGGGCUAAACAGAUUGCAGGUAAAGUUGGCUGCCCUGUGCAUGACACAGCAGAGUUGGCUAACUGUCUACGAAGUACGGAUCCGAGCGCCAUCACUCUGGCCUAUCAAUUGUCAUUGGUCAACCUAAGCUAUCCUCUGGUGCACUACUUGGCUUACUCACCGGUCAUAGAUGGAGACUUCCUCCCAGACGAGCCCAGGAAACUUUUUGGCAAUGCUGCUAAUGUGGACUACAUAGCGGGUAUCAACAACAUGGACGGGCAUCUAUUUGCUGGCGUUGAUUUACCAAGCUUAAACAGGCCUCUCGUUAAGAUUUCUGUGGAAGAAGUGCGCAAAGUGGUGGAAGGCCUGACACUUCCUAAAGGUGCAGAUGGAUUGGAUAUCGCUUUUAACCUUUAUACUGAAAACUGGGGCACAGAUCUCAACCAAGAGGUCAUGAAGAAGACAAUCGUGGAUUUAGAGACAGAUUAUUUAUUUCUAGUGGCUACACAAGAGUCUCUUGCCCUUCACUAUCAGCAUGCCAAGAAUGCCAAGACUUACAGCUACCUGUUUUCUCAUGCAACACGUAUGCCUAUAUACCCCAGCUGGGUGGGGGCUGACCACGCGGACGACUUGCAGUACAUGUUUGGUAAACCAUUCAGAAACACUCUGGUUUACAGACCCCAGGACAGGGAUGUCUCAGCCGCUAUGAUGGCUUAUUGGACCAACUUCGCUGCCACCGGAGAUCCCAGCAAAGGACAUUCUAAAGUUCCCACACCUUGGUUAGCAUAUACCACUCAGAACGGGCAGUACCUGGAGAUAAACAACAAGAUCAAUCAUAAGUCCAUGAAGCAGGAUCUGCGUUCCCCUUACGUCAGAUUUUGGGCCAGCACCUACCGCAAUCUUCCCAACCUGUAACCAGGACAUAUUAACAAGGAUUAAAAUUUUGAUUUGAACAAA